GCCACUGCAAGAUCCGCCGAGACCGAGACCGACAAGCAUGCCAUUGACGCCGCAGUACGAGUGGACCCAGACCGCGACGCACCUCUCGCUGACCGUGCCGCUCAAGGGCGCCAGCCGCAAGGACGUCGACUUUUACGUCGCGGACGCGGUGGUCAAGAUCAACUUUAAGCCGUAUGUACUGCUCCUGGACGUCGUCGCGCAUAUUGAGCCGACGAGCGCGGUCGUCAAGAUGCUCGACGGCGUCAUUCACUUGACCGUCGCCAAGAGCACGCCAGACAUGUGGAAGGAGCUCGUCUUUUCUGGCUCCAAAGCCGACAUUCUAGCGCGGCGACAGGCGUCCAUGGACCGCAAGACCGAGAUGGAACAGCAGUUGGCCGAGAAGCGAAAGGAUGCCAAGUACGCGACGGAGAAGAAGACGCUCCGGGAUCAAAUGGCGCUGGAAGAGCACGAGCGGCAGCGCCUCGACGACAUCAAGGCCGACGAAAAGCAGCGCGAAGAGACAGCCAUGUACCGCACCUUCGAGGAGCUCAAAGCGCCAUCAGCGCCCAAGCGAGCGAUCGUCAAGCCGCCGAUGGAGCCGAUCCUCGAGGCGUCUACCGACGGGACCUUUGACGUUUCCAACAACGACGAGAUUGAGUGGAGCGACACCGAGUCCGAGACCGACGUGGCGCCCUUGCCAACUCCGCCGCCCCCUGUUCAAGAAUAUGGCAUCAGCAGCAACAACGACGUCAACGACGAGGACGACGAGAGCGAUGUGGUGUACGUUCCCGCUCCGCGCGAGACGCUGCAGUCCACCAUCAGCUUUACGCCGCGCGUGUUUCCAACGCCGAGCCGCGAGUCGACGGCCGCGGACGAGGAAGAUUGGCUCGUCAAGAACCGCAAGCAUCUCAAGUCGCACAAGGGCCUCAACGCGAAUUACGCCCAAGAUAUCAGCGAGACCGAUCCCGUGUGGCUCAAGGCCAAGGCCGACGACUUUUACCACCACCGCGACUUUCAGAGCGCGCGCAACGCCUACUCGGAAGCGCUCGCCGUGGACGGGACCUUGACUGCGUGUCUCUCGAACCGCGCCGCCUGCCACCUGCACUUGGGCGCCUACCAGCUCUGCGCCGACGACUGCAGCGCUGCGCUCGCCCAGCUGCCCGACAACGGCGCCACCUCGUCCGACCCCUGCGGCACCCACCGGCUCAAGGUUCGUGUGCUCGUGCGUCGAGGCACGGCCUACGCGCAGCUGGGCUACUACAGUCAAGCCAAGGCGGACUAUGGCGUCGCGCUGAGCAUGCACCCCGAGAACGAAGCGCUGCAAAUCGACUUUGCGAGGAUUUCGCGCCUCGACGAGUGCUACAAGGUCAAGCAGCGCGGCGACUUGGCCUUUGCCGCGCAAGACUUGACGAGCGCGCGCGACUUGUAUACGGCCGCGCUGGCGAUUGACCCGACCUUUGUCGCAUGCCUCUCGAACCGAGCGGCGUGCCACCUCGCGCUUCUGGACGCGGCGAGCUGCGUGCUCGACUGCACCGAAGCGCUUGCCCUCCUCCAACAAGUCGUCGCGCCUGAUGUGCGCGGGUCACCGAUCGCACUCUCUGCGAUUCCGCCACCAGGCUCCAGCAAGCGGCGCGAGUGGGUUCUCAAGACACUCGUUCGCCGGGGCACGGCGCAGGCGGCGCUGCACAACUACGACAAAGCUGAAGCGGACUUUGCCGACGGUCUUGCGCUCGAUGGCGGUAACGAAAAGCUGCAGAAAGACCUGGACCGCGUCCGCGCGUUGGCCGCGGCCAGCAAGGAAUAAUGCAGCAAAGCGUCGUGAUAAAAUUGUGGUCAUUGAGUCUACUUUAUUGCGCACGGUCGGUGCUCUGGG